GCCUUCCGGGUCUGAGCGCUGGGCAGCGCCUCGCGUCCAGGAAACUUGGAGGAUCCGGCUGCGCUCGGAACCGCGCCCCUCUCCCCGCGCAGAGCUCUGUUGUCCCGCGGGGCUCUUCCCUCCGAAGCCGUGCGCGCCCCUGGCCCGCGUUCUCCAAGAUCUCUCACCGCGCGUUCUCCCACCCGGCUCACUCCCAGGACGGCGACCUUCCUUCCAUUGCACGCGCGGCGGAGCCAGGUCCCCACAGCCAUGAACGGUGGCCUGUGCCUGUGCGUGCUGAUGGCGGUUCUAGCGAUUGGCGCCUGGACGCAGCCGCUGUCGCCGGCGGGACCCCUGGGCCCAGAGAUCUUGGGCGCGGAGGACGCGCCCGGGAGGCAGGUUCGGACGAGGACGGGCGCCGCUGAGCCCAGGGCGCGCCUGGGCGCGCUGCUCGCUCGGUACAUCCAGCAGGCCCGGAAAGCCCCUUCUGGCCGUAUGGCCAUGGUCAAGAGCCUGCAGGGCCUAGACCCCAACCACAGGAUAAGUGACCGGGACUACGUGGGCUGGAUGGACUUCGGCCGGCGCAGCGCAGAGGAGGAGUACGAGUACCCUGUGUAGAGGCUCUGGCCCGCCCCCCUGGAGGAACCGAGCAGGAGCACAGUCCCAUCUACAUCUCAGUCUCUCCGUCUUCCGCGUGAAUGACCCAUGUCUGCAGUUACCUAGUGCCACGCACGCCUUGGUGUCUCCUUCACCCGUGGCUCCUGGUCCUACGACGUUGCUAUGCUAUUAAAGUGAUUUCAGUCCA